GAGGUAAUGAAGGCGUCCUCCUUAGGGCUCCGGAACAGAGCGUAAAAGGGCGGGAGGCGAAGCUCGCUGACGGGCGUUCUAGCCUUGACUGCUCUGUCUCUAUCACCCUUUGUCCUCCAACCUCCCCUGGGCACUGGGCCUGCGGGCCUGGUUGCUAGGUGGAAGCUGGGCGCGGCGGCGGCCGCCGCGGCCGCCCGGGCGUUUGAAAAGCGGCUACGCAGGCGGCAAAAGGUCCUCGUGCGGCGGGCUCCUCUCUGCUUGCAGACUGGCCGGGCUGCAGCGUGGCUUUUUCCUUGAGUCGGGGCAGAAUUAGGGUCUGGGCUGGCGGCCCGAGGCAGACGAGCCGGGCGCGCUGCAGCAGACGGCGGUGGGACCUGGCUGCGGAGCGGGGUCCGGGCAUCAGGGACCGGGGGCGGGCAGUGGGGGUCCCGCCGGGGGUCCCGGAUUACCCGCGACUCACCUGGACCUCACUUCCCCCAAGCCGCCUUCGCCCCCGGACCGCCCACCGCAACCAUGGUCUCCAAAUCCGACCAACUGCUCAUCGUCGUGUCCAUCCUAGAAGGUCGGCAUUUCCCCAAACGUCCAAAGCAUAUGCUUGUAGUGGAAGCAAAGUUUGAUGGAGAACAGUUGGCUACUGAUCCUGUGGACCACACUGACCAGCCAGAAUUUGCUACUGAGUUAGCUUGGGAAAUUGACAGGAAAGCGCUUCAUCAGCACAGGCUACAGCGUACUCCUAUCAAACUCCAAUGUUUUGCCUUGGAUCCUAUAACUUCAGCGAAGGAAACCAUAGGUUACAUCGUUCUGGAUUUAAGAACCGCUCAAGAAACAAAGCAGGCACCAAAAUGGUACCAGUUGCUGAGUAAUAAAUACACCAAAUUCAAGUCUGAGAUACAGAUAAGUAUUGCUUUGGAAACCGAUACAAAGGCACCAGUGGAUAGCUUUAAAGCAAAGGGGGCUCCCCCUCGAGAUGGAAAAGAGAUGGAAUCUCCCUAUGUUGCCAAGACUGGUCUCGAACUCCUGGGCUCAAGUGAUCCUCCCACCUCAGCCUCACAAAGUGCUGGAAUUACAGUACCUGCCAUCCUGGCUGGACUUGACCCCAGGGACAUUGUGGCUGUGCUGAAUGAAGAGGGAGGCUACCAUCAGAUUGGACCAGCAGAAUAUUGUACUGACUCUUUUAUUUUGUCAGUAACCAUAGCAUUUGCCACCCAGUUGGAACAGUUAAUUCCAUGUACCAUGAAACUUCCAGAAAGACAGCCUGAGUUUUUCUUUUACUACUCUUUACUGGGAAAUGAUGUUACAAAUGAACCCUUCAAUGAUUUAAUCAACCCAAACUUUGAGCCAGAGAGAGCAUCAGUUCGCAUCCGUAGCAGUGUAGAAAUUCUUCGUGUUUACCUGGCUCUUCAGUCUAAACUACAGAUUCAUCUCUGCUGUGGAGACCAGUCACUUGGAAGUACAGAAAUACCUUUAACUGGAUUACUUAAAAAGGGCAGUACAGAAAUCAACCAGCACCCAGUCACAGUCGAAGGUGCUUUUACCCUUGACCCUCCAAAUAGAGCCAAACAGAAGCUUGCACCUAUUCCUGUGGAGCUAGCCCCAACUGUGGGAGUGUCUGUGGCUCUGCAGAGAGAAGGCAUAGACUCCCAGUCUUUAAUUGAAUUAAAGACCCAGAAUGAACAUGAGCCAGAGCAUUCAAAGAAGAAAGUUUUAACCCCCAUAAAGGAGAAGACACUCACUGGGCCAAAAUCACCAAGAGUGUCCCCUGUUCCAUCUCACAACCAGUCACCUCCAACAAAAGAUGAUGCAACAGAAAGUGAAGUGGAAAGUUUACAGUAUGAUAAGGACACCAAACCAAAUCCAAAAGCCAGUUCUUCUGUACCUGCUUCACUGGCCCAGCCAGUGACUACAUCCAAUCCUUCAGAAGUAGCUUCAGGACAGAAGAUUGCUGUACCAGCAACAUCACAUCAUUUUUGCUUUUCAAUAGACUUAAGGAGUAUACAUGCCUUGGAGAUUGGUUUUCCAAUCAACUGUAUAUUAAGGUACUCAUAUCCAUUCUUUGGAAGUGCAGCUCCUAUUAUGACUAAUCCUCCUGUAGAAGUUCGGAAAAACAUGGAAGUUUUUCUUCCCCAAUCUUACUGUGCAUUUGAUUUUGCAACUAUGCCUCAUCAGCUGCAAGACACCUUCUUAAGGAUUCCAUUACUGGUUGAACUAUGGCACAAGGAUAAAAUGAGUAAAGAUUUACUUCUGGGAAUUGCGAGAAUCCAGCUUUCUAACAUCUUGUCUUCAGAAAAAACUCGUUUUUUAGGUUCUAAUGGUGAACAGUGUUGGCGUCAAACUUACAGUGAAAGUGUGCCUAUUAUAGCAGCACAAGGAUCAAAUAACAGGAUAGCAGAUCUUUCUUACACAGUGACUCUAGAAGAUUAUGGACUAGUAAAAAUGCGUGAGAUUUUUAUCUCUGAUUCAUCUCAGGGUGUAUCUGCCGUACAACAAAAGCCAUCUUCUCUUCCUCCAGCACCUUGUCCUUCAGAGAUCCAGACAGAGCCUCGUGAAACCUUAGAAUACAAAGCAGCACUUGAGCUAGAAAUGUGGAAGGAGAUACAAGAAGAUAUUUUUGAAAAUCAGCUGAAGCAGAAAGAACUGGCUCAUAUGCAAGCUCUUGCAGAGGAGUGGAAGAAAAGAGACCGAGAAAGAGAAUCACUAGUAAAGAAAAAGGUGGCUGAAUAUACUAUUCUAGAAGGAAAACUUCAAAAAACUCUAAUUGACUUGGAGAAGCGAGAGCAGCAGCUUGCUAGUGUGGAAUCAGAGCUUCAAAGAGAAAAAAAGGAACUUCAAUCAGAACGUCAACGGAACCUGCAAGAACUGCAGGACUCUAUCCGUAGGGCCAAAGAGGACUGUAUUCACCAAGUAGAACUAGAAAGGUUAAAAAUCAAACAGCUCGAAGAGGAUAAACAUCGCCUUCAGCAACAGCUUAAUGAUGCUGAAAAUAAGUAUAAGAUUUUGGAAAAAGAGUUCCAACAGUUCAAGGACCAGCAAAACAACAAACCAGAAAUCCGUCUACAGUCUGAAAUAAAUCUUCUCACCUUGGAAAAGGUUGAACUUGAAAGAAAGUUGGAAUCUGCAACUAAGUCUAAACUGCAUUACAAGCAGCAGUGGGGACGAGCUUUGAAAGAACUUGCCAGACUUAAACAGAGGGAGCAAGAAAGUCAAAUGGCUCGUCUUAAAAAACAGCAGGAAGAAUUGGAACAGAUGAGACUACGUUACCUUGCCGCUGAGGAAAAAGAUACAGUAAAAACCGAGCGACAAGAAUUGUUGGAUAUAAGAAAUGAAUUGAACAGGUUAAGGCAACAAGAGCAAAAACAAUACCAGGAUUCCACAGAGAUUGCAAGUGGAAAAAAGGAUGGCCCCCAUGGCAGUGUAUUGGAAGAAGGUUUGGAUGAUUAUUUGACUCGCCUGAUAGAAGAAAGGGAUACUUUGAUGAGAACGGGUGUGUAUAAUCACGAGGAUCGAAUAAUAAGUGAACUCGACCGACAGAUCAGAGAGAUUUUGGCAAAAAGCAAUGCCAGUAAUUAAUAACAUUUGGAAAAGCUUUAUAGAGACUCUAAGUCUAAAUUUUAAUUUCUUUGUAAAACCCUCAAAAGUGAGGAAAAUGGAUGUUUUAAAAUGGUAUUUUCAGUUUUUUAUAAGCAAAAUUUUGUAUGUUAUUGUAUAGUAUUUAUUUGAUCUUAUUUACUUUAUGCUACCUCUCCCACACUGGUUUUAUUUGUAAUUUGCAUUUUAUAUACUCAUUUUGAAUGACUUUUCAGUGUUUUUCAUAGUUUAUAAUCUGAUGGCUAACUUUCAAAACAGCUUUUAACUAAGUUUGUUGUAGGAGAAAUGACUGCGGUAAUUUCCAGUUCUAUAAUGUUUCAUGUUGAGCCAAAAGAGUAUAUCUUGCACUUUAAAAAUGCUGCGUCCUAUUCCAUUUGAAUGUAAAUUCUUAAAAGUUGAGACCAAUUGUAACCAGUUUAACUCAUUUUAGAUGACCUUUUUUUUCUUAACUUACAAUAUUUGCAAGUGACAAGUUUGAAAACAAAGCAAGAUCAGUGCAGAGAAGCCAUAUGACAUGUUGGGUGACAAAUUGGUCACUUAUUUAAAUAAAGUUAAUACAGAUUAAAUGUGUUUCAAGAGCUAUUGAAUUUUCAAAUUUUCAGUGUACUUAUAACUUUUAAGAACAUGAAGUAUUAGCUUAAUAUAGUUUUGUCUGUUGGUUUCUUCCUCAAGUUUGCAUUGUUUUCUUUUGUUAAAAUUAGAGAUUUCUUUUUAUUUUCCAGUUAUAGUAAUACUAGCUGUCAGCUUAAACCCUCUGUAAUAGAACAUGGAAACAGACACAUAAAGACAUUAGCUGAAAAAAUAGAGUGAAAAUCAACUAUUUUUUACUCUCGCUAAUUUCAAUCAAUCUUUUUCAAAAGCGCACGAGAUUCAGUCAUUGGAUUUAUGCGGUGCCAUGUCUGUAUAAACUCUAAGAGUUCCUUUAUAUCAUAUUCUUCAGAGCCAACAUUUGUCCUCAAAACAACGCUUCCCACCUCCUUUUACAGAGUACUGAAAAAGUUUUAGCAAAGUCACAGAUUAGGGUGAAUUUCAAAAUAUACGUACUUUAAAAAGUUCUGAUUUCCAAGUAUAAUAAAGUUAAAAUUAAGUAUAUACUUUAGGAAGUUACCAAUAACUUCCAUCAAAGCAGAGUAGGAUAUAUGGUAACAUUAAUUUUCUGUCAUUUUAAAUGAGAUAUAUUUCUUAUUAGGGAAAUUAAAGUCCCUAUAUUUAUUACAUAUUUUUUCCUUAUUAACAGAGUAUUAAUCUAGUAAAAAAUAACCCAGCAGUAAAUAAUAAAGAAAUUACUGAAUGAGAGGAUAAUGAAUCUGAAUCAUAGCAAGAAUUUGCAAUAUUAAUUAUGGUUAGCUAUUUUUCUCUCAUUGAUUUUUGUGCCACUUGAAUGGAACAGAAGCAAGCCUUUUGUUUUGGAAGGUCGGGUAAAAUGCUGUGACUGUUUACUUUCAAUUGCAUUGUGUGUUGCCUGUGACUGCUUUCAAACACUAGAGGGGGCCUCUGAUUUAAAGAAACAAAAGGACUUUUCUAAAAUGGAUGUGUAGUUUAUUUUGCCUUCUGUAAAGCUCUUUUGGCUAUUGUAACUUAACAAAUAAAAUCAUAAUUGUGUGCA